AUGGAGGCGUCGCAAGGGCGACUGGAGGAGAAGGAGCGUUUGAAGGGCCAUGAGGCCAGCGUUUUUGGUUCGGUGUUGGGGCAAGGCAAAGCCAUGACCAGAGAGGCGUUGGAUGUGUCGCCUUCGAGGCGUGUGUCACCCGGAGUAUCGCCAUCAACGUACUUUGGCGCAAGACAGCCUGGAUAUGCUGGUGCAGCGGCCAAAGUUGAGAUGGCGCAGGCGCCGCAACCAGUACUGCCUCAGCAUUACGUGCCACCACCCAUGUACCAGCCGGCGCCCCCACCACACAUGGCACCAGGAUUACAAUCCGAUCUUGUGCCGGAUACGCGACCGAUGAAGCUGGGCAUCCGACCUUUUGAUGGCAAGGAAUUGUAUCAAGGUCUCGGAAGUGGGAAUUUUAUCGUGGGGCAAGAGAUUUGCAAGGCAGAUCAUGUCGAGGGGCGGUUUGAAGAACAGCCGACGCUAGAGCAGGCGAUGCAGCGUCUACUCCAUACGUUUGCGACCAAGAUAACUCCCGCACAAAGUAUGAAGAUUUUUACAGCUCCCAAGAGUAUCAAGCGAAGCUGGACGGAGCAUUACCUGUAUUUGGUGGAGGUGUCGACAACCUAG